AUUUUUUUAAAUAAAAAAAUUAACUAUGACAGUUGCAUGGCCCCUGCUCCUCAUGACAGAUGGUUAUGUCAAAAGUCGAACUAACACAGUCCGUGUUCAAGAAAAGGUGUCGUGCUCUGUUUUCCAAUCUGUUACAAAAUACCAUUAGAAGAUGCUGUUCAUUGCACGCAGAGGCAAUAAUAUUCUCUUUGCAUUUGAUAUUCAAAACAAGCUCAUUCCACCAGUGCUGAUGCACCUCAGUAUACACGCGAACACACUUUUACUUUUCUUCGAUUUCGCACAAUUUUGCAAAGCCUGAUUUUUUUUUUAAGGUCAAUUUUGAGCGACCAUAUCUCGGCCGUCUCUUACCAUAAAUGAAAUAGUAUUGUGUCAGAUGACGCAGAAUUUAUUUAGCUUUAAAAUGCUGUGCUGCAUGAGUGGGUAGUACAAGGCUUUGACGCGAUGCUUGGGUAAUUAAAUUUUCAAGUUUCUUUUGGACGCAGUUGUAUAACAGAGGCUACAUAAAAAAUGAAGGAGCAGAGAUAAGGACGAUCGAUGUUUCAUAGGAAAAGAAGGAGCAAACCACAUAAGAGUUAGAAUACCCGCCAACCACCCACAUCUAUCUAUACAGCGAUGGAAACGUUAUGGUUUCUUCUGCUUGCUCCACCCCAUGUCGUCUUUCCACCAGAUUUGAUUCGACGUACUUCCCAUUCGACCAACAACGCUGCACUAUUUCCUUCAUCUGGAUGUCAAACGAAGCCAGCAUGAGGGUAUCCGGGUUUGAGUUGACAAGGAUGGACAGCCCAAUCGGUGGAAAAGAAGAAUGGACGAUCCACGACAGAGGAAUCCGCCUCGCCAAUUUUGGCCUGCCAAAAUCCCAGUUCCAAAUGAUUGAGAGAUAUGCUGCCUCGCAGUAUGAGCCACGUACCUCGCCUUGUGGAAGUGGCUCUCUUCGCCAUGGCCCAGGGUCUGUUCGCCAUGAUAGCUACCAUGUUCGUCAUGCGCAGACACAAGAGAGAACAGGAAGACGAAGCCGAGCAGAACGACACAUUAGAAGAAGAAGCCAACGCACGUCUCGACAUUUUGGAAACAAACCCAAGCUUGGCUCAGAGCCAUGAGAACAAGGACAAAGACUUAGGUAUCGGAGACGCUGAUGUGAAGAACAACCUAAAUGAGAAACCCACGGAAACAGAAAUAAGAUGCAAGAUAAGAGAGUUGAGGAGAAAGAUUUCGAGAUUCUUUUCUAGAGGCAUCAGACUCAGAGUCUUGCCGGAAGUGACGACGUGCCGAAACUGCCAGAAGCGGAAGCAGAAAAGCAGAAGGGGUCGAUUCUAUGUGACUGCGAGGAUGUGGGACAGGAUCUUUUUCUUCGCCUCUGCCAUCGUUGGUGUUGUUUGUUAUGUACGUCUAUGGUAUUUGUGGUACGUGAUGUCGGGCCAAACUGGUAUGUUUGAACCAGACAUGAGGAAACAUUUGUGAGGCAUCGUGGAGAAAUCAGGCGCUCGUCAAGAUAGUAAAAUCGAAGAAAUCGGCAA